AUUCAUAUUGAUAUUCAUAUUGAUAUUGCAACAUAAAUUCAUUUUAUUGUAUUGCAGUUCAUCUUCUUUGACUUACAAGUAUUUCCAACUAAGCCAGUUGUGACGUGUAUUUUUGUGGUGUCCCGUAUGACGAUGAGGAUAACCUCGCCUUCACUUGUACUAACAUUAAUGGGUUUAAGAUAGGCGUAGCCUUUUAUGCUCCAUAAAAUUGUUUUCCCAUGAGCUAUCGUGGAAUAUAAUAUGGCGAGCUCACUUUGUAUUCGUAUCCACAACAAACAAGGAUGGAUGAUUGCCACAAGUGUUUUCGUAUUGAAUUUCUUUGUAUUUGGUUUUGUGCAUUCAUAUGGAAUCAUUUUAGUAGAGCUACAACGAGAUUUUAACACUAGUGUUACAAAAGUUGGAUCGAUCGGUUCAAUUGCAUCGGCGACUAUUAGUUUCAUGACACCAAUCUCCUGCCUUUUGUACGAGUUGACAACACAUCGAAUCGUUUCAGUGAUCGGCGUCUUUCUCUGCUCACUGGGAGUCUUGUUAUCAUCGUUUGCGACAGAUAUUAGACUGCUCAUACCAACGUUUAGCUUCAUCUUUGGGUCCGGAGCCAAUUUUCUUUACAAUCCUUUGUUUAAUCUUUUAAGCCUUUAUUUUCCAGACAAACAGUCCACACGUGUCACGUCAUUCGGCGCGUCCGGAGCGACUUUGGGUUCGCUGGUAUUGAGUCCGCUGAUGGUCCUUCUACUUUCUAAGCUGGAAUGGAGGACUAUAUUCCAGGGCUACAGCGGCAUCAUUUUAUUUAUAGGACUAGCUUCCUGUAUACCACUUUACCCACCCCCACAGGCGUGUACGUCAUCCACAGAACCCACACAAAAUGAAAUAACGAACACAGACCAGAGAAGCGACAAUAGAUGUAAUGCAUUCAUGAAGUACAUGCGUAUUCUAAAAACAAUGGAAUUUUGGUUUUUUAUUCUUGGCAUAUUCUGUGGAUCAAGUGCCGUUUUCUUUUACUUGUUUUAUUUGGUCAGCUUGAUGGAAAGUUUCAAUAUCUCCAGCGACAAAGCGUCUAACCAGUUGGUUAUAUCUAGCGCUACACAGCUAGUCGGACGCUUAUUUUGUAUUUUGUUUGGAGACAGGUUACCUAUUUCCCGUCUGCUGGCACUAGCGCUCAAUGGUUUUAUUGGUGCUUCAAUUACCAUCUUGUUACAUUUCAGUAUAAAUUAUGCAUAUCUUGUUGUAUUUACUGCAGUUACCGGAGUUGUGAUAGGAGUCCAUUUUUCGCUAAUAUAUUCAGCUGGUAUUGAACUAUUUGGCUUGGAAAGGAAUUCGGAAUCCUUGGCUUAUACGAUCAUUUCGAUAGGUGUAGCUACAAUUUCGAUGCCGUUUAUGUAUGGAAUAUGGUACGACACUACUGGUAGCUACAAGAUUUCGAUUCUUACAAGUAUGGCAGUAUGGACUCUCUCUGCAAUUUUCUUAAUUUUAGCCGUUAUCUGUAAGCGGUAUUACUUAACGGUUGAUCGAGGUCUCACUUCAGGCGUUUCAUGUAAGGCAGUACCAGCCAUUCAGGACUCAUCGUUACAUGAGAUACAACUAGAGGAAAAACAAGAAUGACCACUGUAUUAUUAGUUGGUUUAAUAAGGUAAUAGGAUCCAAAAACAAAUUCGUAAAUUAAUUAACUUCAUUGCCUAUAUUUUGUAUAUAUAAGUCGUGCAUAUUACCAAAAUUUGAAAAGAAAGAUAACCUUUAAUCGAAAAUAAUCUGGAAUUUAUUUCGUUUAGAAGUUGAAAACUAAUUGCAAACGAAUAUGAUAGAGUAACUUAAUUAAAGGACAAAGUAAAUGUGAUGGUGUCAAGAACAGACCUCUUGAAAUGAUAUGAAGUAAUGUAAUAACUACAUUAUUCAUUAGUAUUGUAAGUGUGUGCAUUUACACACAAAUGAUCAUGGCUAUAACUUACAUACGAUACUACUAUAUACCGCUUUAUAC